AUGGCUUCCGAAGUCAUCCCCAUCGGAUGCGACAACCCUGGCUAUUUCAUGACUGGACAAAUAUGCUGCUACCCAAACAACCAAACACAGAGAACUUGCCAGACCUAUAUCGGUCCCAAUAGAAGAUAUAGUCUGUUGCCCUCUGCGUGUCCCAGCGGGAAUUGUUUGAAAGAUUGUCAAGACCCCACGCUGCUUUACGGUGGCAUCACCACUGAAAAUGGUACUUUAAAUACCGAGACUAUCCAGAUGUACAUGGUUUGUGCCGCCGUUCCAGCCAUUGCGGGCUACGAGGCCAACGGUGUUCUCCUCCCCGACCAGGCUGCCAUGGUUAGACAGUUUCUCCCGCCCGAAGACGCGACUGAACAGAACUUGAGGAGGGUGACGGCCACGGUAACAGAUUGUUUAACACAGACAUGUCUGAACUCGAGAAAUGAAAGCAUCUGUUACGAACAAUACUGCGCGCCGGGGCGACUUCUAAUCAACGGCACAAUGCCAAAUCAAACGGCCAUAAACCAGUGUUUAAACAAGCUUUGUACAAACGGUUUUGAAGUUGUGCCAUUCGGAGAUUCAGAUAUUAUCGGUAUCGGGGUUUUCUCUUCGUAUGUCGUCCAGCUCAUCCUUGUGGCAGUUCUAUGGUUCGGCCUAGUGGUCAGAGCUAUCUUCCGUCGGACGAGAAGUGGGCGUUAUAAUGCGGUUAAUCAAGCACCAGAGGAGCCGACCGAAGGCCGUGAGAGCAAGCGGCCCCGUCUUCCCCGCGAGAGCUGGCUGCGGUUUCUCGUCGAGUUUCACACGGCGCAGUGCUACUUCGCUGGCACGCUGAUGAUUGCCAUCUUCGUUUCCGGUAUCAUCAAGAUCAACGUCGCCAUGAUCCUCCUGCUCCUCCCAUUGACUACAAAUGGCGUUGUGCCCGUGGUCUUUGCCUACCUAAUGCUGGUAUACCACCGCGCCAGCUCGUCUGCCCUCACAAUUCUUACUACCGCUGUUUAUACCCUGUCCACAGUGGCUUUCUGGAUCCUCUUCGCCAACUUCAAAUCACAAGUUACCGCGAAUGAUUUGAGAUACAAUGUUUUUGCCGAGUUCAUGUACGGGAUUUCCGAGGUUGAAUCCUGCGGCGGCUUUUCCGCCCUGACAGCCUGCUCGGAAAAUCUAUACAUGGGCAGAGAAAAAGCAAUUGAUGCGGCUAGACUCCUACAGACUAUGCCUCCCGUGGCCUGGGGUAUCUCGACUGUAGUCCUACUCGGUGUCUUAGUCGCGGAAACAAGGGCACGGGUCAAGGAAUUCCAAUCUCGUGCUGCGGCCUUACCCCAGCAGACCACGCCGAAAGAAACUCAUGCCGACUCUAAGAAGAUAAAUAUUGCCUUGUUAAAUUCUGUCGCUUUUUGGCUAACAUCACUUGCUCUCAUCGGCUGCGUUGUGAUGCAAAUGUCUCUCUUGUCCAUCGCCACGACCCUGGACAUGUUUGAUCCUAAAGAUUGGGGCUUUGGGCAAGUCAUUGCAGUUACUGUGUGGGUUCCGCCCGUAUUAGGUUACUUGUACUUCCUAUUAAGAAAACAAGUGAUAGACAUGAGAAAAAGAGAGUGA